AUGGUCAUUGAGUUGGUUGAGCUUCGAGAGUUGGCAACUGCUCGUCUUAUUGCUCGUCAAACAGAUCCUAUGCACUUGCUGAAGCAGAUGGAUCCUGAAAGGUAUGCGAGAUUGGACAAUCUGAUUAACCGUCCAUACUUUGACCCGGGCGAGGUUUUCGGAGAUGUCAGCAAGGAGAAACGGCGUCAGGCUAUCGCCAAUUCUUUAGCCAGUGAAGUAAAUGUGGUGCCACCAUCUCGUUUGCUUGCUUUACUCCAGCAGUCACUGAAAUGGCAGCUUCAUCAAGGUCUUUUGCCACCAGGUACUCAAAUUGAUUUGUUCCGCGGUAAGGCUGCGAUGAGGGAGCAGGAGGACGAACGGUAUCCUACCCAGCUGGCCAGACAUAUCAAAUUUGGAGCCACAAGCUACCCGUUGUCAACGGUAUUUUCGCCUGAUGGACAGUUUCUGGUUUCUGGUUCUAAGGAUGGUUUCAUUGAAGUGUGGAACUUUAUGAAUGGAAAACUUCGUAAAGAUCUGAAGUAUCAGGCCCAAGAUAAUCUUAUGAUGAUGGAUGACGGCGUUACUGCACUUUCAUUUUCCCGCGAUUCGGAAAUGAUUGUUUCUGGUAGUAUGGAUGGAAAAAUUAAGGUUUCAUGUUCCGCUGAUGGCACACUUCGAAUAUGGAACCUCAAAACGGCAGAAUGUGCUACCACUUUCCGUAUAGCUGGUGAUAUUGCUGUAAACUCUGUCACUCCGAUACCAAAAACGGAUCAAAUCAUAGUGUGCAAUCGUUCUAAUACGUUAUAUAUUGUGAAUCCGCAAGGACAGGUUGUUAGAUCGAUGACAUCCGGAAAACGUGGAGCGGAGGGUGAAUUUAUAGCAUGCAUUGUGUCUCCACGUGGCGAGUGGACGUAUGCCGUGGCCGAAGACGGUGUUUUAUAUUGCUUCCCACUGCUUACUGGUGUUUUAGAAAACACUCUGCCGGUUAGUGAAAAGCAAGUACUAGGCCUUGCUCAUCACCCGAAUCAAAACUUGAUAGCAACCAUCGCAGAAGAUGCGUUGCUGAAACUCUGGAAAGACUGA